GUCACGCCUCAGAACAUCUAUGUAGGUCACUGAUGUGAAUUAGGUCUAUAGAGAACUUGGGACAGUAUAAAUACACCCUACAUUAUACAAUAUCACUGGCUUCAACUCUGUGGGUGUGUGGCUUCAACUCUGUGGGUGUGUGGCUUCAACUGUGGGUGUGUAUCAGUCUGGAAAUUAAUUAGCUUUCUCCUUGUGCAGUAUUGUCUGAUGGGAUAAUACGGAUAUGGAAGGAUUGGAGAAUUUUUACUACCGUCCGACUAUGAGGAUUCUGGGACAGAUGAGGCACCGCUGAUUUACGGGGAAACAGUUCGGUUUGACAUGGAUGAGAACGAUUUCCUUGUCAAUAGACGCUACAGAAAUCCAAACCAGAGCAGGAUUGUCUACUUCCUAACAGAUGGCUGGUCCAAUCUCUGCUCAAGGUGCUGGGAGAGACUAUGUCAUCGGAGGAAAGAAUAUAAAGCACGGAAGGUUCCAGUCGGCCUGGAGAAAAACUCUGACGUAAAAUUCCCCAAAAAUGUCAUCAGAAACCAGAAAUAUAGUAUCAUCACAUUCAUACCAAAGGUGCUGUUUGAACAGUUCAAGUUUUUCUUGAACUUGUACUUCCUUGUGAUGGCCUCUUCACAGUUCAUACCAGAAAUAAAGAUAGGCUACCUUUAUACCUACUGGGGACCACUGGGCUUUGUAUUGUUUGUGACCAUGUUUCGUGAGGCUUUGGACGACUACAGACGUUACCGCAGGGACAAAGAGGCCAACUCACAGAAGUACAGCAAAUUGAAUAGGGAUGGUUUUGUGGUCAUCCCGAGUUCAGACAUAAGAGUGGGUGAUCUUAUCGCUGUAGAAAAGGAUCAGCGUGUGCCAGCAGACAUGAUUUUCCUGCGGACCACAGAACAUGGGGGUGCCUGUUUUAUCAGGACUGACCAACUGGAUGGCGAGACAGACUGGAAACUCAGACUGGCUGUACAGAACACACAGAGCCUCAUGUCUAAUGUGGACAUUCUGGACAUUAAGGCCCAGGUAUAUGCUGAGGCCCCACAGAAGGACAUACACAACUUUGUAGGGACCUUCAAACGGACAGACACCGAUGUGGAGGAGGAGGACUCACUGAGUGUGGAGAACGUCCUUUGGUCCAACACUGUGGUGGCUUCUGGCACAGCACUGGGUGUCGUCAUUUACACAGGCAGUGAGACUCGUAGCGUCAUGAACACCUCACAACCACAGAGCAAGGUCGGACUGCUGGAUCUGGAAAUCAACACUUUGACCAAAGUCCUCUUCUUUGCAGUCGUUGCUCUGUCAGUGGUCAUGAUCUGCCUCAAGGGUUUUGAGGGACCAUGGUACAGAUAUCUGUUUAGAUUCAUUCUUCUCUUUUCCUACAUCAUUCCGAUCAGUUUACGUGUGAAUUUGGACAUGGGUAAAGCUGCCUAUUCAUGGUUCAUCCAGCGAGACAAAUUAAUUCCGGAGACGAUUGUCCGCACGACCACCAUACCGGAGGAACUGGGAAGGAUCAGUUACUUAUUAUCAGAUAAAACAGGCACUCUCACACAGAACGAAAUGGUUUUUAAGAAACUCCAUCUAGGAACUGUAGCUUACACUCCAGACACCAUGGAUGAGGUUAUGACCCACCUGAAGACUAUGUUUAGCCAGCAACAGCAGCAGCAGGCCUCCCAGCAGCCUUUCCUCGGUCCCAUGACUACACCGACCCGGACAGGCCCCGUUAGGAGGACUGUGGUGACAAGGACAUACGAAGCGGUAAAAGCUAUUGCCUUGUGUCAUAAUGUCACACCAGUGUUUGAGGAUGAAAGUAGCAAGGAUACCAGUUCAGAGACUGAGGCAGAUCAGCAGAGUCAGCAGAAAGUUGUGUAUCAGGCCUCUAGUCCUGAUGAGGUUGCCCUGGUAGCCUGGACUGAGAGUGUGGGUUUAGCACUUCUGAAGAGGGACUUGAGCAGUAUGCAGCUCCGUGCUCCUGAUGGUUCAAUCAUCGGUUACCAGAUACUACAGAUAUUUCCCUUCACCUCGGAAACCAAACGCAUGGGAAUUAUUGUCAAGGAGGAGGCAACAGGGGAGAUAACUUUCUACAUGAAGGGAGCAGACAUGGUGAUGCAGACCAUUGUACAGUAUAAUGAUUGGCUAGACGAAGAGUGUGGUAACAUGGCACGUGAGGGGUUAAGGACACUGGUGAUAGCCAAAAAGAUCCUCACCGACGAACAGUACCAAGAGUUUGAGACGAGGUAUCACCAGGCAAAAAUGAGUAUCCAGGACCGGAAUGCGAAAGUUCAGGCUGUGAUUGAGAGUUUGGAACGUGACAUGGAUCUGCUGAGUUUAACUGGGGUAGAAGAUAAACUACAAGAGGGGGUCAGGCCUACACUAGAACUGCUGAAAAAUGGUGGAAUCAAGGUGUGGAUGUUAACGGGAGACAAACUAGAGACGGCCAUAUGUAUUGCCAAGAGCUCCAAGCUUGUGUCACGGAUACAGGAUAUUCACACGUUUGGUGGUGUCACCGGGCGGACAGAAGCCCAUCUGGAACUCAAUGCGCUUCGUAGAAAACAAGAUGCUGUUCUGGUUAUAACUGGUAACAAUUUACAGGUGUGCCUGAAGUACUACGAACAUGAGUUUGUGGAGCUUGCGUGUCAGUGUCCUUGUGUGGUUGUGUGUCGCUGUUCCCCAACACAGAAGGCGGACAUCGUCAAGCUUCUCCAGGUACACACUGGCAAGCGCACCUGUGCAAUAGGAGACGGUGGAAAUGACGUCAGUAUGAUCCAGGCGGCUAAUGCUGGAAUAGGAAUAGUAGGAAAGGAGGGCCGACAAGCUUCCUUAGCAGCUGAUUUUUCUGUUACACAGUUCUCUCACAUCGGCAGGUUAUUAAUGGUCCAUGGUAGAAAUAGUUACAAACGAUCAGCUUCACUUAGCCAGUUUGUCAUCCAUCGCGGCCUCAUCAUCAGUACGAUGCAGGCAGUCUUCUCCUCGGUGUUCUAUUUCGCGUCCAUAGCCUUAUUCCCUGGCUUCCUCAUGGUCGGAUACUCCACCAUCUACACCAUGUAUCCUGUGUUUUCACUGGUGCUUGAUAAAGAUGUGUCUGCAGAAAUUGCCAUAACCUACCCAGAGCUUUAUAAGGAAUUAACAAAAGGGAGGUCAUUGUCAUUUAAAACUUUUUUCCUGUGGGUGCUGAUAAGUGUCUAUCAAGGUGGUAUAAUCAUAUAUGGUGCUUUGUGGCUGUUUGAUGAGGACUUUGUACAUGUAGUUUCCAUCACGUUUACCUCCCUUAUCCUCACGGAGCUGCUGAUGGUGGCGCUAGCGGUACGGACCUGGCACUACCUGAUGGUCAUUGCUGAGGCAUUCAGCCUUGCCAUAUAUCUCUUAUCCUUGGCUGUCCUCAGAAACUACUUUGAUGCCAAUUUCCUGACGACGUGGAAUUUUGUAUGGAAGGUUUUGGUGAUAACGUCUGUCAGUUGUAUACCAUUGUACAUACUUAAGUACCUACGUAAGAAGUUUUCACCUCCUGUCUACUCCAAACUCACCUGAACAAACCACCUUAAUGACGCCAUUUUACAUCAUGUUUGCAACCCAUUCUUCUGAAAAAUUUAUAAGUUCCUUACACCAAAUGUAUCCUAAUUUUCAUCACUUACAAGAGCUUUGUUGAAAGUGUUAUCUUCAAACUGAGUGUUCUGAUAUCAAACCUGAAGACAUUAUGUACUGUGGUACCUGGUAGUUCUAUCUUAUUUUAACCGUAUAUAUCUGAGGAAUCUCUGAUAUCCUAAGGAAGUUCCUGCUGAGGAAUAUUCUGCAACAAUGUAUUACAGAAACAUGGGAGUUGAAUUCCUGACUAUUGUGUUGACUGUCCUUUCACCAACACAUUUUUUAAAGAAAUCUUGCACGGUUAGUUUCACUUGGUUACUGUCUUUUUAGGUCACCUGAGCUUUAGCUCAAGUGACCUAUUUCUAUCCGUUCCGUCCAUCGUCGUCCGUUAACAAUUUACAUUUUCAACUUAAGCUGAAAUACCGGCAAAGGGAUUUCACUAAUAUUUCAUGGGAAGGUUAC